AGGACUUUUUUGGUAAUAAAAUUUGAUGCGGAUGACCAAGACGACUACUAGCUAGUUCAGACUCGCGCACUGAUCAGUGUGGAAGUCGUUGCUUCGUUCGCGUAUGUCAUAGUCUCAAUUCUCAUCUAUUAUUCUCAAUCUCAAUUCUCAAAUCUCUAACCGACGCUUUUCCGCGUCGAAGUCGUAAAUGCGAUUUGUAUUUCCCUUCAAAUUUUCUGAUUCAUAGCUGCAGAAAUGGCCAGUAACCUACCAAAAUUACUCUUACUGUUUUACGCUAUUUCGAUCUGCAACGCCGUCACCAUUCCCGCUCCAAUCUCUGAUUCUCAUCGUUCCGCUGCUUUAGAGAUUUUCGAUGCUUCCUCUUCCAGUUUAGAAGACGCAUAUGAGGCUUUGAAAGUUUUUGAGAUUCUUGCGAUUGAGAAUAAGCCUGAUGUGAGUGCAACCACUUGUCAGAAGGUAGUGGAAAAUCUUGGGCCGUCCUCUCGUCUGAAGGAUUUGUUCUUUGCCUUAAAGGUCGAUGGCAUAUUGAAAUGCAAGGUUGAUAGGGCUGUUUUUCAGGAUAUUGCUUCAAGACUUAAAGCUACCGUCAAUGAUGCAACUACUUUGGUCGACAUGUACUAUACAAUUGGAAGUUUGGUUCUUAUAAAGGAUCAGGCACCUGAUGUUGAUGUGCUUCUUGCUGAUGCUGAUGGGAUUUUCCAUUCAAUAAAGGCGUUGAGCCAAAGUGAUGGAAGAUGGCGCUACAGUUCUGAUAAUCCAGAGUCUAGUACCUCUGCUGCUGGAUUAGCACUUGAAGCACUAGCCGGAGUGAUCUCAUUAGCAUCUUCUGAAAUUGAUCAGUCUAGGGUAAAUACGGUGAAAAGUGAUAUACUGAAGCUUUUUGACAGCAUCCAGAAAUAUGGUAUGGACGAUGGAACAUUUUAUUUUGAUGAGAAGUUUGGUGGUGGUCGCGAGCAUCAGGGUUCUCUUACCACAACUUCUUCAGUUAUUCGAGGGGUUACAUCAUUUGCUGCUGUAACUUCUGGAAAAAUCGAUCUUCCAGGGGAUAAAAUAUUGGGUCUAGCAAACUUUUUUCUAGCCAUUGGAGUCCCAGGAAGUGCCAAGGACUUCUUCAAUCAAGUUGAAUCAUUAGCUCUUCUGGAGAGCAAAAGGGUUCCCAUCCCAUUGGUGCUGUCACUUCCUGCAACAGUCUAUUCAUUGUCCAAAGAAGAUCAGCUUAAGGUUAGGGUGAAUACAGUACUUGGUUCAGCCGCACCACCUCUAACAGUUAAGCUUGUCCGAGCUUUUCACACUGACGCCAAAGGUUCGGCCAUUAUUGCAGACAAGGAGCUCCAGUAUGAUCAAAGUAGUGGACUUCAUGUCAUGGGUGUUUUCCCAGAUAAUGUCGAUGUGGGAACUUAUGUGUUUGUUUUUGAGAUGGUGCUUCAUGAUUCUGGUAGUGAAAAUAUUUAUGCUACUGGAGGGCAAAUUCAUGUGCCAAUAUAUGUCACUGGCAUUGCUGAAGUUAGCAACGCAGAGAUUGCAGUUCUUGACAGUGAUCUUGGAAGUGAUGCAACCCAAAAAAAGCUAGAUUUGGCUGGAACUGAUGUUGUUUCGCUCUCAGCUAACCACCUUCAAAAGUUGCGUUUUUCUUUCCAGUUGAUUACGCCUCGUGGCCAUGCCUUUAAGCCACGCCAGGUUUUGCUUAAGUUGAGGCACGAGAAAACGUAUGAACACAUCUUUGUGGUUGGAAAUACCGGCAAGAAGUUCGAGAUUAUUCUUGAUUUUCUUGGCUUGGUGGACAAGUUUUAUUAUCUCUCGGGCAGAUAUGACAUUGAGCUGACUGUUGGUGAUGCUGUCAUGGAGAACUCUUUCUUGCGGCCACUUGGUUUUGUAGAAUUAGAUCUUCCAGAAGCACCUGAGAAGGCAACACGUCUUCCUCCACUACCUGUUGAUCCUUACUCAAGAUAUGGGCCAAAGGCAGAGAUAGCUCACUUGUUUAGGGCUCCUGAAAAGCGACCACCGCAGAAUCUCUCUUUCGCUUUCUUAAUUCUGACUCUUUUGCCAUUCAUUGGCUUUUUGGUAGGGCUAUUACGCUUGGGGGUGAACUUCAAGAACUUUCCUUCUUCAGCAGUGCCCACUACAUAUGCCAUCCUAUUUCAUCUUGGCAUUGCCGCUGUUCUAUUGCUUUAUGUACUUUUCUGGUUGAAGCUGGACUUGUUCACGACACUCAAAGUUUUCGGGUUCUUGGGAGCUUUUCUGAUGUUAGUGGGUCAUAGAAUUCUUUCCCAUCUUGCUUCAACAUCAGCUAAGCUGAAGUCUGCAUGAGUAAAAGGAAGAUUGUCUAUUUAUAACGAGAUGGCAUAUUUAUAAAGCGAUGGCAUGAUUAUCUGAGUUUUUCACUAAAAGAAUGGUACUAAUCCAAUUUUGUAGGACCUUUGUUGUAGCCCGUUAUAAUUUAGAGAAUUCAAUCAUAUCGAAAAGAGAAAAGCUUUGUCUUGAUCUUACUUUAUCUUGAUGAAAGCCAUUACAACCGUGUUUUAGCAUAUCGCAGCUCUCCAUGAUAUGGUAGGCAUAGCUUCUUUAUUUAAUUUUUUCUAUACUUUUCUUUUCCUUUUAAACUCUUUCACAGUCCAAUAUCAUGUAUUCUCUAGCUACAUAUAGUCAGUAUUGGAUUCUAUAUAUCAUGAAGUGUUUUGGUAGUA